AUGAGAUAUUCCCGGAUAUCCCAAGUCAUCGACAGAGACCUUUCUGUUGCUGUAUUCGCUCGGUUCUCCUGGCCCCGGGCGCUGAUAAGCAGCAGCUUUCAGAAGCCGGCGCCUGAUAAGAGCUCUAGCUGGCACCUGGGGCAUGACUUCAUAGCACCCAAGUCAAAGAGCAGGCUGCAAGCUUCAAAGAUCCGGUCUAAACACUGCUCCAACACCAUGAAGCCCCUCAUCGCGGCGCCCGCUCUCGGGCUGAUGAUCUAUCGGGCAUACUCCAAGAAAUCAUUGACGACCGGUGGUCUCAUUGCAGCGACCCUCACAGGCAUCGCCCACGCGGUGCACCCAUGGAACCUGCCAUUCGCCCUUCUCUGUGUCUUUUUCCUUGCCGGAACCCGAGUCACUCACGUCAAAGAAGAUGUCAAGGCCAAGCUGACCAUGGCCUCGAAAGGCAGUUCUGGUGGUGAAGGGCCUCGAAAUCACAUUCAAGUCCUCGCGAACUCGGCCGUCGCCUCUAUCCUCUCUAUCCUCCACGCCUACCAGCUCCGACAACGCACAGCGUCUGUUACCCAACAUCAAGCGAUCCCCGACGGCUCGUUCUGCUUCGCUUGGGGCGGCGAUAUCCUCGUGGUUGGGAUCAUCGCCAACUACGCCGCCGUCGCCGCCGACACCUUCUCGUCAGAGCUCGGUAUACUCGCCAAGGGACCGCCACGACUCAUCACGUCGCCUACCUUUCGCAAGGUGCCACCGGGCACAAAUGGUGGUGUCACACUUACAGGACUUGGCGCGGGACUCCUGGGGAGCAUGAUAAUCGUCGUUACGUCCAUGCUAUUCGUGCCCUUCUGCAACGAGGCAACAGCGGGCAAGCUCGGCGGCGGCCAGCCGUGGACUCCCUCACAAAGGAACACCCUAAUGUUCGCUCUGACACUCUGGGGUGCACUCGGCAGUGUGCUUGAUUCCUUCCUCGGAGCAAUUUUCCAGCGCAGCGUGAGAGACGUCCGGAGCGGGAAGAUUGUCGAAGGCGAGGGCGGCCAGCGUGUGCUCGUCUCUUCUCCAGCCCGCAAGUCGGAGCACAACCUCAAGCGGGCAGAGAUCAAGGCCGCCAUUCUCAGUGGCGAAGGCAAGCGCGCAGUGGAGAAGACUGGUGGCUCGGCAGUGGAUGAAACCGAGGGCGUGGACAAGUACGAUGCCAAGGACAAGCACCGGAAGUCAAGCUUUGGUGAUGAGAGGCCCUCCAGAGUGAUCGAGUCUGGAUGGGAUAUUCUUGACAACAACGAUGUCAACUUCCUGAUGGCGUUCACUAUGUCGCUGGGCUCGAUGAUUAUCGCGUCUUGGUAUUGGGGCGAGCCAUUAGGGGAUAUCCUCAAGCUCUGA